CUCAUCACCAAGGAUCCGUGUCUGUAUUUAAAGGCAGGAAUUGCAGCAGACUAUUGAAGGCAGCUCCCAGCAAUCCGGCAGCAGCAGUAGCAGCACAGCGGAGCACAGCAACGCCAGCAUUUACAGAUCCUGCGGCUGCACCUUUAUAUAGAAGGAGAUUAAACAAACCCUGUCUCUCAGAGCCAGUGAGAAGAUGAAGAAUUUGGCAGUUGGUCUUGCUGUUCUUAUUUUGGUGGCUCUGAGAACAUGCCGCGGAGGCUGUGGGGACUCACAAGUGUCGCAGGGUUCAAAUACACAGCUUAAGAGAAGUUCGGAUAUAUACAAGCUUCCAGCUUCCAUACUGAAGAGAUUCUACGAUGAUGAUUCAUUUGUUGGGCUUAUGGGCAAAAGAAAUUCUGAUUUCAAGGAAUUUCCUUCUCUGCCUUUAAAACGAGAAAUGAAUGAUUUCUUUGUUGGUUUAAUGGGGAAAAGGAAUUUACAGACAGGGAAUCCGACUGAGGAAGAAAAUGAAGCCCGACCUGAUUCCAGAUACUCAACAAAAUGUAGAAUUAAGUUUAGGAUGUAGUGAUCAUCUUCAACCAUUCUUCAGACUUCAGAUACCAAGUUGAAUUUCUUCUUUUGUACCACGGAUUCAUAACACACCUGUAUUACAAUAUCUCACAAGAUCUUCACGAUAUAAUAUGUCCAGCCAUACCCACAUCAAUCAUCCCACGAUGGAUUAAACAGGAAUGAAAAGUGGCACCAAUUAACUCUCUGUUACCCGUCAGACCCACUAUUUUUAGAUUUUAUUUGCUUUUCCAGUCAUUCUCUUGUAUCUAGCAUAAUGAUGCAAUACGAUUUGCACUCGGGGGCCUCUUGAGGGAAAAUGCCAUUAAAGGCACAAAAUUUGCCCAGGCUUAAUAUCUCACAGUAACCAAUUAGGUGUUUGUUUUCAAACAGCUCACCACUAAAUGAAACCCAUAUGUCAAUUGCACCUUUUAUUAAAUUUUAUUCUUAGAAACGUAUGUACAAGAAUGGGAAUAUGCCACAAAAUUCUCCAGCAGAGAAAUCAUUAGCUCAUUGCAUAAGAUUUCUUUGUUGCAGAAGUGGCAAAACAUAUAAAGCAAAAUCUGGAAUGAAUACAGGAGUAAUUAUUGGCAGCCUAAGAAACUAUCCUGCCGAAAAUACUGGUUUCUGAGGUGUGGUCCAAUUACGUAUCACAAAUGGGACAGGGUCUGCAACCAGGAAGUACUCUUCUAUCAGUCAGAAACAACUUGAAGGGUAGUUCACCUUUAAGAUAUCUUUUAGUAUGUUAUAGAAUGGCUUAUUCCUAGCAACAUUUCAGUUGAUUUUAAUUAUUAUAUUUGUUACAGUUUUUUUUAGUUAUUUGGCUCCCUCUUUAACUAUUUCCAGCUUUCAAAUGGGGAUCACUGACCCUGGUAGUCAAAACCCACUAUGAGGCUACAAUUUAGUGAUAUUGUUACCCUCUCUCAUUUAUCCACUGCCUGGUCACUAGGAUAAAGUGGACCUUAGUAAGUAGAUAGCUGCUGAAAUGCCAAAUUAGAGAGCUGCUAAACAAAUAGCUACUGUAAAUACUUACCAAACCACAAAAAAAUAAAAAAUUAAGACCAACUGGAAAAUUGUCUCAGAAUAACUGUUAAAAUGAAAAAGUGUUUAAUCCUUUAAUCCUAAAAUUAUAAAGGAAUACAGAAUUUAAAUAUUGGAAUGAAACUCCAAUCCAUUAGUUUGAUUAGUGGACUCCAGGAAAUAAUAGGGAGAUAAAAAAUUGUGAAUAACACCCCUUCCUCCUAUACCAAUUUUAUUGAGACUAUUCUGAUUUUUAUUACAGGGAACUAAAUUUGCCAUCACAGAAGGAAUAUAGUAGCAGCAAGCAGUUUUAUUACAGUAUACAUUUUUAAUGGAUUAUUAAUAUAAGUGAAGUCUUACUUUACCUGUGUUCACAGCACUUUUUCUGUUCUAAAAAGUAAACGUAAAAGGUAAUUAGCAGAUAAUAAUGAGUCUAUAAUUAUAUGCCCCCCCAUAAUAGUUCAACAAAGAAAUGAUAGCUUGGAAGGGAUCUCAUCUUAUUUAAUAAUAGUCUUUGCUUGAGUUAUUGCUGUAAUUGUUGGCAACAGUUUGCUAGAAUAUUGAGUCAUAUAUUGAAGACUGUAUCAACUGUGCUGAUGUAAUUGUUGGAUUGUACUGAACACAAAUCAGAACAAUUAAAUAU